AUGGCUUCCAAACUCGACACAGAGACCUACCUAGGCAAUGUCAUCAACAACCAGCUCGUCCCAACUCCUGAGACGCGGCAUUCCAUCAACCCAGCCAAUGGCCAACCCCUCUACGAAGUGCCAGUAGCCAGAAAAGAAGAUCUCGAUGUCGCCGUCGACGCAGCACGCAAAGUGUUCAAGACAUGGAGCUAUACACCCUUCUCCGAGCGAGCAAAUCUACUCCUCAAGUACGCCGACACGAUAGAACACAACCGCGAUGAGCUGGAGCAGCUCCUCACCUCGGAGCAAGGCAAACCACUGUCUCUUUCUAGAACCGAGAUGGACUGCGGCCUAACAUGGUUACGCGCCUUCGCGACUAUGGAGAUCAAAGACGAGAUCCUGCAAGAAGACGACGAGAAGACCAUCUACUCAACCCACCCACCCAUCGGCGUAUGCGCCGGCAUCGUGCCCUGGAACUGGCCGAUUCUGCUGGGUCUAGGCAAACUGGGUCCAGCACUGAUUACAGGAAACACGUUCAUCAUGAAGCCAUCGCCGUACACACCAUACUGCGACCUCAAGCUUGGCGAGCUGGCCAUGACUGUGUUUCCUCCCGGCGUCGUACAGGUACUCAGCGGAGACGACCAACUCGGCCCUUGGAUAACAGAACAUCCUGGUAUCGACAAGAUCUCGUUUACAGGCUCAAUAGCAACAGGCAAGCUGGUCGCAGCAUCCUGUGCGAAGACGCUGAAGCGGUAUGUGCUGGAGCUAGGUGGUAACGACGCAGCGAUUGUGUGUGAAGACGUGGAUAUCGAUAAAUGCCUACCCAAGAUCGCGACGUUGAGUUUUCUCAAUUCGGGCCAGAUAUGCAUGUUGACGAAGCGUAUUUACAUUCACGAGAGUAUCUACGACAGGUUCCGGGAUAAGAUGGUCGAGUUUACGAACAGCAAUAUCAAGACUGGUGCCGGAACGGAAGAAGGCGUUGUGGUAGGGCCGUUGCAAAAUAAGAUGCAAUUCGACAAAGUGCAAAACAUGUACGCCCAAAUCCCCCUCCAAAACUGGACCCCCGCCCUCGCCGGCACCAUAACCCCAACCCCCCAAACCGGCUACUACAUCACCCCUACCAUCAUCGACAACCCACCCGAAGACUCACGCAUCGUUCAAGAAGAGCCCUUCGGUCCCAUCGUCCCACUCCUCAAAUGGAGCAACGAAGACGACGUCAUCGAUCGGGCCAACGCGCUCAGAACGGGGCUGGGCGCAUCGGUGUGGAGUAAAGACAUCACGCGCGCGGAGGCCAUGGCACGGAGAUUAGAAGCGGGGAGUGUGUGGGUGAAUUCGCAUUUUGAUGUUGAUCCCAGAGUGCCGUUUGGGGGGCAUAAGGAGAGUGGCGUGGGAAUGGAGUGGGGGAUGGAGGGGUUGAGACAUUAUACGAAUAGUAGGAGUUUGUGGGUUUGGAAGAGGGUUUUUGAGUAG